AUGCCUAACAUACUAUCGGAAUCUUCUUUAAAAUUAAUCACGUCUCCAUUAGUCGAGACUGAUCCAGAAUUGAAAAAUUUAAUAAAUGACGAGAUUGAUAGACAAAGAAAGUCAAUCGUCUUAAUCGCAUCUGAAAAUUUUACCACCAAAUCAGUCUUUGACGCAUUAGGAACACCUUUAUCUAACAAAUAUUCCGAAGGUUAUCCAGGUGCCCGUUAUUAUGGUGGAAAUGAAAAUAUCGAUAAAAUUGAAAUUUUAUGUCAGCAAAGAGCAUUAAAUGCUUUUUCAUUGUCUCCUGAUAGAUGGGGUGUUAAUGUACAAACUCUGUCUGGAUCUCCAGCUAACUUACAAGUCUAUCAGGCUCUAAUGAAGCCUCACGACAGAUUAAUGGGACUCUAUCUACCUGAUGGUGGUCACCUUUCACAUGGGUAUGCUACAGAACAUAGAAAAAUAUCAGCAGUUUCAACUUAUUUUGAAUCCUUCCCAUAUAGAGUUGAUCCAGAAACAGGAAUUAUUGAUUACGACACUUUGGAAAAGAAUGCUAUCUUAUAUAGACCAAAAGUUUUAGUCGCUGGUACUUCAGCUUACUGUCGUCUAAUUGAUUAUAAGAGAAUGAGAGAGAUUGCUGACAGUUGUGGAGCUUACUUAAUGGUUGACAUGGCCCAUAUCUCAGGUUUAGUUGCUGCGGGUGUCAUUCCAUCACCAUUUGAGUAUGCGGACAUUGUCACGACAACAACUCACAAGUCUCUUAGAGGUCCAAGAGGUGCUAUGAUAUUUUUCAGAAAAGGUGUCAGAUCCAUUAAUCCCAAAACUGGUAAAGAAAUAUUGUAUGAUCUUGAAAAUCCAAUAAAUUUUUCAGUUUUUCCAGGUCAUCAAGGUGGUCCACAUAAUCAUACAAUUGCUGCCUUGGCUACAGCUUUGAAACAAGCCGCUACUCCUGAAUUUAAGGAAUAUCAAUUAAACGUCUUAAAAAAUGCUAAAAUACUGGAAAAAGGGUUCAAAAACUUGGGUUACAGUUUAGUUUCUGAUGGUACAGACUCUCAUAUGGUUUUGGUUUCUUUGAGGGAGCAAGGUGUCGAUGGCGCCAGAGUUGAAUACGUCUGUGAAAAACUUAAUAUUGCUCUGAACAAAAAUUCAAUUCCAGGUGAUAAAUCAGCUUUAGUGCCAGGUGGUAUCCGUAUCGGUGCACCAGCAAUGACUACAAGAGGUAUGUCUGAAAAUGACUUUGCUCGUAUCGUUCAAUACAUUGAUAUGGCAACCAACAUUGCUAAAGAAACUCAAACUAGCUUACCAAAAGAAUCGAAUAGGUUAAAGGACUUCAAAGCAGCAAUUGAUGCCAACGAUGGUAUCUGGAUUCCAAUAAAGGAAGAAAUCAAUAACUGGGUCGUUCAAUAUCCACUUGCCAUUUGA